UACUAGGCGGCAGGAUGCUCUCAGUUUAUUUAUUUUCGAAAGCAGAAGCUUACUCGGACUGAAAAUGUUUGCACAGAAAGCAGUAUCUGACCCAGAGGCUGACAUUGAUGGCCUAUAAAUAAUUCGUUUUCCUCGAGGUGGCACGACGGCUGCUUGCAGGAAGCUGGAGUGGAAGCUGUGCCGAGUACAGCUCUCAGUCCGCAUUGAAAUCUACAAUGAGCUUCUCAACCUGUGCAGCUACAACAAACCCCAGCUCCUUCACAACCUGUUAAAGGGGUUUAGCUGUCCACCACGGCUGCAUGUCUCGAAAUCCGCAUCAAUUUGAAAUUAAUCCAAAACACAAAUUCCAUUUUUCUCCCCUUCGAUUUCCCCCUUUAGAAAGGACCUAUUUAGAAACGCAACUUAGUUUUUUUCAAAGUGUGAUUUAUCCUGUAGAGUUCCACCCCCUACACUUCGGAAGUACCUUCAUUUUGGCGCAAUAGAUAAGAUGUGGGAAUCGGGGGAGGGAGGCAUCAACCUACUGUAUUAGAAGCAAAGAGAGAGUUGACCCCCUGCCCCCGUCUGAAAUUUUAUUUUUGGAAAUGCAUUCUGACGGCGCGUGAUGCAAGAGCGGAGGAGAAUAUCGCCUUUUGCAUUUAUUGAGUACGUGUGCCAUUUACUGGAUCGAAGAUCAAUAUGCCACAGGAAAAGAAAGUACUACAGCCAUCUUUGCAAGGUGCUAUUGAUCUCACUGCGGGAGCUACAGGUGGAGUUGCCUGUGUUUAUACAGGGCAACCUUUCGAUACUGUAAAAGUCAAGAUGCAGACCUUUCCUAACAUGUACACAAAUGUGUUAGACUGUGCUGUGAAGACAUAUAAAGAACGUGGCAUUCGGGGAUUCUACCAAGGCACAACUCCUGCCCUAAUGGCUCAUAUAUCAGAGAAUGCUGUGCUGUUCCUGUCGUAUGGGUUUUGCCAAAGAGUAGUGAGAAGUCUAUCUGGACUGGACAGCAAAGCUGAGCUCAGUGAUAUACAGAAAGCAGCUUCUGGCUCAUUUGCAUCAGUAUUUGCCUCAUUGGCCAUUUGUCCAACUGAGCUGGUCAAAUGUCGACUCCAGGCAAUGCAUGAAAUGAAAUCUUCAGGAAAGCUAGCCAAAGGACAUCCCAGCACAGUUUGGGCAGUGAUUAAGAAUGUUUUGAAAACUGAUGGUCCUCUUGGCCUGUACCAAGGUCUGACGAGCACAUUGAUGAGGGAAAUGCCUGGCUACUUUUUUUUCUUUGGUGGCUAUGAACUCAGUCGCACCAUUUUUACACGAGGAGGCCGGUCCAAAGAUGAUCUUGGUCCUAUUCCCUUGAUGGUGAGUGGUGGUUUUGGAGGUGCCUGUUUGUGGAUUGCUGUUUAUCCAAUCGACUGUGUAAAAUCUCGUAUACAGGUCCUCUCAAUGGCAGGCCAGCAGGCUGGUUUCUUUAGUACUUUCAGAAAUAUUUUCAUGAAGGAAGGCUUGAAAGCAAUAUACUCUGGAUUAACACCAACAAUGAUACGUGCAUUUCCUGCCAAUGGUGCAUUAUUUUUGGCCUAUGAACUGAGUAGAAAAGCUAUGAUGGAUUACAUGAGUGACUGAUGUGUACUCUAAAAAUGAUUGAAGCCUUACUCCCAAGAAUUUGAUUAUGCUGCAAAAAGUCAAUUUAGGACUAGCUGAAAAUGUAAAACUGGAUAUUUUGAUACUGUACAUGGUAGGGUGCUUAUUAGGUGCAAAAAUUUUGUGGGUCUUUCAAAAGUAGCUUAAGUUAAUUUAACUAUCAAGCAAUAUUAACUUAAUUAUUGCUAAAAUUGUAAUGUAUUCUUAAAUUCAAAAUGGUGUUCUAAGUUUCCAGGAAAAUAAAUCAACAUCUAUAACUUUUGCAACAUUGAAUUUGCAUACUGAACUUUAAAGCUGCAUCCUUUUUUUUAAAAAAAGAGAAGUCAGCUAAAGGCAUCUGACAUUCCAUUUCUGCUUGAUCUGUGAUAUUGGGAAAGUGGUGCUGACUUCUUUCUUUUUAAAAGGGGAAUAAGGGGAGAGAGUAGAUAAGCAAAGCAUCUACUUCUAACAACUAGCCAAGUGACCUUUCCUCCUUGCCCUACUGUCAGGAGUGUGUGCCAUUUAAAGCAGAAUAAAACAAAUGCUUUUA